ACGCCGCCGCCGCUACAGGAGCGGACAAGGUGGAGUGUGACGGCGACCAGCGCACUGACGCUCCAACACACUGAGGCUCGGGCGGCGCCGGCGCGGGAUGCGCCGCCAUGCCGGUACGACACCGCGGACUCGGCGACGAGCUCGCACCCCCGGAGCCCAAGCGCUGCAGGCACUGCGACGAGAGUCGAUCGUCGUGCGGUGGCAGCAGCGGCUCGGAGGGCUCAGAGGGGCGCGCGUCGUGGCGCGUCACCCUCGACCACGACCUCGUGGAGACCCUGAGCGCCAUCUACCCUGAGUGGUUUAAGCCUCAGCCGCGCCGCGAGCGCAGCCGCCCCGCGUCGCCGCCCUCAUUCUCGUCGCCGCCUUCGCCGCCCUCGCCAGCAUCCCCGCCGCCCUCCGACGAUAAUUUCAGUUCGGGCGCGGAGGAGAUGGCCGGGCGGCAGGCGAGCAGAAGCGGCGUCAGCGAGCCGGCCAGCUCGCCGCCGCGCCUCUCCCCGCCCAAGGUGGUCGUCGACGACAGCCCGCUGCAGCCCGCCAUGGGGAAGCACAAGGAGUCGUUAAAAGUAAAGCUGACGAUGCGGCCUCCGCUCAAUCAGUUGGUGGCGCAAGGAAUAAUGCCCCCAUUGAAUACUCCAGCUGCGUAUUUUGAACAAUGCAAGCAACUUGAAAGAGCGAAAACUGGAGAUUUGUUGAAAGCAAAAAUACAAAGACGGCCUGAUCGUCAAGAAUUAGAACGAAGACAUAUUUUGGAACAAGAGAGUCAUGUGGACCCCAGCCUGGCGGAGAAGCAACGCAUGCUGAAAAAGGCCCGGCUGGCCGAUCAACUGAACGAUCAGCUGUCUCAUAGGCCGGGACCCCUCGAGCUCAUUAAAAAGAAUAUCUUACACACGGAAGAGAAUAUUGAGACGGCCGUAAAGAGUGGGACCUUAGCAUUCAAGGCGACAAGCGAAGGAGCCUCUGGACGGCCCCAACAUCCAUCAUCAUACUGCGGGCCCCCGGAUGAGGUGUCGCCUUCACCGUCGCCACCAUCGACCUUGUCUCCGGCGAGCGUAGCGUCUCCGCCCCAGCAUCCCGCGCCGGGCAAAGAUAAGAAUCGGAAGAAAAGCAAACAAAAACACCAACCGAAGUCGAGAUUGAAAUUUCAUGAAUAUAAAGGUCCCCCGAACGCUCAAAAGGCUUCAUCGCCCCCGGGCUCCGUGGAAACGCCGUACGAGCUUCUACUUCAACAGCAACAGCUGCUCCUGCAGCUGAGCUGUCCGCUGCUGCUGCCAGCCUCACCGGCGCCCUCCUCGGCCGCCUCGGUCGCCUCGGACUCCUCCGACGCGUUCCCCGUCCCGCCGCCGCCGCCCCCUCCCCCCGGUCCCGCACUCGCCGCUGCACGUUUCGAAGAUAUGAAAGUAUCAGACCUGCGCGCCGAGUGCAAGCGCCGCAACCUGCGCGUGUCCGGUCCUAAACCGCAACUGAUCGACCGACUCAGACCCUAUUUAACCGAGAUGCAAGAGGAGCCGCCGAAGUCUCCCGUGUCUAUCGCGUCCCCCGAAAUGAGAGAUCCGGAGCCGCCGGAAGAUAUAGUACAAUCUCAGCGACGUCAAAUCGAAGAGCUCGAAAGAAAAUUGGAGGCGUCGCGCCAGCAGUUGGAGGCGGUGAGGCGGGAUGCCGCCGGCGCCGCCGCCAGCGACCAGAGCCGGCGGUUGUUGCAGGCGCACCUCUGUGUGUCGCAGCUUCGUGCUCAGCUCGACGCGCUGCAACAUGCGCCCGCGCAGACGCACGCGCCGCGCUACCUGCUCACCGACACCGCGCCCGACCGCCUCGUGCGGCUCUUCACCGUCACGCCGCCCACCGCCGCGCCCGAGGCCGCUCAGGACACGCAGCCCAAGGCGGGUAAUCCCGCCUACAUACUCAAUGGCGUCAAAGUCGUUCCCAUAGCAAUACUACCCACACAUUACGAACCGGAACGUGCGCCUCCUCCGCCGCCGCCGAUGCCUCAAACGCCUCUCUCGAUACAAGACAGCGAAGACAGCAGAAUCAUGGAUGACGUUUUAGAAAUUCUCGUCGAAAACGGUGAACUGCCUCCGUCGGCGGUGGGGGACGUCACCGUCGAUCCCGCCAUGGACGCCGGCUACUUGACCGGCUCGAAUGACUUUUCGCCGGCCGACGUGUUGAGUGACGAUGUUCUCGGGGACUCGCACGUGCGCGAUUCUCUCGCCGCCGACGAGCUGCAGCGAGAACUCAACGAUAUACAAAAUGAAAUAAUGAACCACGCGGCGAGCGACUCCAGCAGGUGCGACUUGGACCCCACGGCGGCCGACAUCGACGCGGAUCUAAGCGCACAUCUGUUGGGCUCGAACGACUUCCACACCAGCUUCACGACGGACCAGAGCUCCAACAACCACGACGACUUUUUCGGCAGGCUAUUGGCGGGAGACUGCGACGAGAAACCGCAAAUAGCAAUGGACAUCGGCGACGACAUGCCCGAGCGUAUGAGCAUGACUCCCCUCACCAACGGGGACAUCCUGGACAAUCGCACAGGCUUCGAGGAUAUGGACGACCUGUCGCUGCCGUCCUUCCAGAACGAGGACACGAGGCACGGCGGGUACGACGAGCGGCCUUGCGAGUUCGACUUCAAGGACCUGGAGGUCCUCGGGGGACACAUGGACAGCGACAGCUACGACAUGGACACGGAGCUGAUCCCCAACCUGUUCGGGCGCGGGCACGUGCCGCAGUGCGACCCGCUGCUGGGCGGCGUGCUGUCGCGUCCUGCGCCGCGUCCCGCGCGCAAACACUACUCCUGGGACAAGAUUGAGUACGACGCCACCUGACCCCGCCCCCGCCCCCGCCCCCGCACCAUCGCUCUCUAAACCCCAUGAUCUCCGCCAUCGCGUUACAUGCUGCAUGCAACUUUUAUAUAAAACAAUAACAGCAGUAUUUAAAUGGUGCAACGCGGUGAGAGUAAGAACAAGGGCGACAUUCAGUGGGAAAUGCUACAGUAAAGAGUGGCAUUCGUGUAACGUACUCUAGUCGAUUCAGUGACUUGAUCUUCCAGGACGGUGACUUAUUUAGUAAAGACUAGGUAAUUAAUGUAAUGUCGUAACACAAAGUGUGGACAUUGUGAAGGACAAUGUGACUUAUUUAUAUAUAAUGUUUAGUAACAAGUACUUAAUACAAGGUACGAAUUGUUUGUAUCGCUAGUUAUUUAAAUGAUUUGCCUAUUUGUGUUAACUAUUGAGUGUGGGACAUUCGUUUUGUCACCGCGUGCGUGUUUACUUGGCUCAUCAUUGAUACUUUUAAUUUAUUGAGGCGUAUCUACUUAUGUAUAUAAAAAGUAUUUAAAUAUCAACUCAACUUAGUUGUGGAUUUCUGCAUUCCGCCCGAUGACUAAAAAUUUCGAGUGCAAAAUGUCAAUAAAAAAAAUCACACAUUAAUAUAUGUAAUUAGUAAUGUGUGUACACAUUGUACACACUUUAUAUAUUACUACUGCCUGUCACUUGCAUUGACACAUAUCGUUGUCUCUAUUUUUUCAAAGAGAACAUAAGUGAUGACAAUAUAUGUCAAUACAAGUGUCACUGCAGUCGAAACUCGCAGUGAAAUAAGCAAUGUAUCGUAAAAUGUUGACGUCAUUUGCUGAAAUCCUAUUAGUUCGGUUUCUAAUUCCCGAAUCUAUGUGACAUUCCAAUCUUGCUGAAAUUAAAAAUACAGCACAAAUACACGCUUGCAUCUCUCUGUCACAAAUAACAUUAAAAAAAUGAAUACUUUGGUAGAAUUUUGUGUUUUGUAUACACAAUGCAGAGAGGCAGUAGAGAGUAGAGACAGAGAGGGCGGGUCGCGUGCACAAGCCAUCGUCAUGGGUGGGACCAGCUCGGGAACAAUGUUAGAUGUGAAUUCAUUUAGUUAAAGUAGGGAGCCUACUUCGCACGCGCAAACAAUUAUGCAAUCAUUCUCCUGCUUAGUGUCUCUCACUCGCAUACAAAUCUUAUUUUCCAUUUAAUUUAAGCCCUAGAUACCUUCGAGCACGCGGUAACGUGUACAUAUAAAAAUGCUCCUACUAAAUGAAUAAUUUUCAUUUAUUAAAUGUUAAUGUUAACUAAAAGAUUUACCAUACGAACAUAACAUUCUUGAAAAAGUAUCAUUCCAGUGUAUUGUCUAAAGUUUAGGAUAGGUGCGCCGUGACCAUUUCACUUCACUUCCGAGUGCUUGCAUAAUUGUUUGAAUACCUUAUUUUAUAAUUUAUUUAUUAUCUACCGCUAUCCUAUGUAACCUUUAGUGUCGAAGCCGCGACGGCGAAUGACUACGGAACAGAAAAACUCGUGAAUCAGAAAAUAUUGCCAUUAUUUGCAUUUAUAAUAUAAUUACUACGUUUAGUUAAAAAAAAAAAGUUUUUCGCGACAACGAAUUCGGCUUGAGAGCCAAUAAUGUGCCAAUCUUUUGAUAUUUCAACCAACACUGUCAAUGUCGAGUCUAGUAGAGAUUUGAUAUAUUUUUCCAUAGGUAAUAUUUAAUUAAUAUCAUGUAUGUUUGCUAAGGUUUUUGGUUUUUCUUGCAUUGGUGCGAAUGCUUAAAGUGUUGUGAUGCUCUUGAGGGUAGUUCUGUGAUUGUACUUCAAAAUCAAAUUGAAUAUUUUUAAGUACACUCACAUGCGGGAUGGUGCUAUGAUGUGAAGGAAUGGUCGUGAUUUUCUGAGACCGAAAUCUUCGUUUAAAACAUAUUGUUAUCUCUCUUUUGUCAAAGAUAAUAAAGGAUGAUGAUAUGUUUUAUACAGAGGUUUUGGUCUCGGCAAUCUACGGUGGAAAGUGUAAGAAAACGUUUAACAUUUGAACGACAAGUUUAACGAUAAG